CUGGAGGGGGAUGGCACGCCGCGGCCGCCCCUCUUCCACCGAGGGGGCUUCUGGUGAAGCAGCCCCCCCGGCUCACCAGCCCCCUGCCCUCUUGGCGUGCUCCCGAUCCGGCUUCCCCUCCAUCUGUCUGCCUGGCCCCCCCCUCUAGACAAGUCAAGGAGGGUUAUAGAAUACGCUACCUGAUGGACCGCAUGACCGAGGAUGCUCUGCGCCUCAACCGCUUGAAGCGGACCCUGGACCAAGCCGAAGAACGGGACGAUGUCUUGGCCAAGAGGCUGAAGAUGGAAGGCCACGAGGCCAUGGAGCGGCUCAAGAUGUUGGCCUUGCUCAAGAGGAAAGACCUGGCGGGCAUCGAGGUGCCCCACGAGCUGCCGGUCAAGCAGGACGGACUGAAAGUCUACGAGGAGAAGCUGAACGGGAACUUGAGACCCCAUCCCGACGGGAGGUCUUCCGGGAGAUCCGGCAAGGAGAACAUCAACGAUGAGCCGGUGGACAUGAGUGCAAGGAGAAGUAGCGAUCAAGACAGGGGACGGCUCACCCCCUCUCCGGAUGUCAUUGUCCUCUCCGACAACGAGGCCUCCAGCCCGCGCUCCAGUUCCCGCAUGGAAGAGCGGCUGAAGGCAGCCAAUUUGGAAAUGUUCAAGGGGAAAGGGGUCGAGGAGAGGCAGCAGCUCAUCAAACAGCUCCGGGACGAGUUGCGAUUAGAAGAAGCCCGGCUGGUGCUGCUGAAGAAAUUACGGCAAAGCCAGCUGCAGAAGGAGAACGUGGUCCAGAAGACUCCGGUUGUCCAGAACGCAGCGUCUAUAGUCCAGCCAUCUCCUGCCCACGUCGGACAGCAGGCUCUGUCCAAACUCCCCUCCCGACCUGGAGUUCAAGGGGUUGAGCCCCAAAACCUCCGAACAUUACAGGGUCACAGUGUCAUCCGAUCGGCCACCAACACCGCCCUUCCCCACAUGCUUAUCUCCCAGCGCGUCAUUGCCCCCAACCCCACUCAGCUUCAAGGACAGCGCAUCCCUCCCAAACCAGGCCUGAUCCGCAGCACCACACCCAACAUGAGCCCUGCUAUCAAUUACCAGCCGCCGUCCUCCUCGGCAGUGCCCUGCCAGCGAACCAGCUCCUCCGCCAUCUAUAUGAACCUCGCCUCCCACAUCCAGCCUGGGACGGUGAACAGGGUGGCGUCCCCCCUGCCCAGCCCCAGCGCCAUGAAUGACGCCGCCAACUCUCAGGCUGCCGCCAAGCUCGCCCUGCGCAAGCAGCUGGAAAAGACUCUGUUGGAGAUCCCGCCCCCCAAGCCCCCCGCCCCCUUGCUCCACUUCCUGCCCAGCGCGGCCAACAGCGAGUUCAUCUACAUGGUGGGACUGGAAGAAGUGGUCCAGAGCGUCAUUGACAGCCAAGGCAAAAGCUGUGCCUCCCUCCUCCGAGUGGAGCCCUUCGUCUGCGCCCAGUGCCGCACGGACUUCACCCCGCACUGGAAGCAGGAGAAGAACGGGAAGAUCCUCUGUGAGCAGUGCAUGACCUCCAACCAGAAGAAGGCCCUCAAGGCUGAGCACACCAACCGGCUGAAGAACGCCUUCGUCAAAGCCUUACAGCAGGAGCAGGAGAUCGAGCAGCGGCUGCAGCAGCAGGCCACCCUCUCGCCCACCACGGCUCCGGCCAGCGUGGCCAGCGUCAGCAAGCAGGAGAGCAUCAUGAGGCAUCACACACUCCGUCAGGCCCCCCAGCCUCAAAGCUCCCUACAACGCAGUUUGCCCACCUCCGCUCGCUCCAUGUUGUCCAACUUCGCACAGGCGCCGCAGCUUCCCGUCGCCAGCGGUCUCCUUGGGAUGCCAGGAGUCAACAUCGCCUACCUGAACGCCGGGAUGGGCGGCCACAAAGGCUCCAGCUUGGCGGACCGGCAGCGGGAAUAUCUCCUCGAUAUGAUCCCUCCGCGCUCGAUAUCGCAAUCCAUUAGCGGGCAAAAAUAACACCAGCCCUGCCCCCCCCUCCUCCUCCUCGUGACUCCCCAUCUGCGCCCGCCCCCCCUCGUCUGUCGCAUGCAGUGCCUGUACUGGUGCCUACCACGGAAGGACAGACCCCAGAAAACAUUGGGAAAAAAGGAAGAGAAAGGAAAGCAAAAAUGAAGACGAGAAAACGUUUGCGCAACCCCGCCCUCUUCGCAACCGUCGCGCUCGCAGCCCUGUACCUGAGCCGCCCACUCUGGAUUUUGUUUUUGGGGCGGUGGGAGCCCUCAAGCUCUUUCCUGCUCCCCUCUCCCCCCUCCCACUCAAAGGUCAGAACACAUCAGCCGGGAUCCCCUGGCCCCGUGCCCGUGUGUUUCCCGCUUGUUUUUAACGGCUGCUUUUUCUUUUCUCCUUUUGUUCGGGUUUUCCGUCUGUAAUGGCAACCUGUAGAAUUUUUAACGGCUGCUUUUUUCUCUCUUUUUUUUUUAAACGCCUUUGGCUUUUUUGCUUCCACGGGAGGGAGAAAAGGAGACCACCUGGAGAGGAGGGGAUUCCUGGAGUCUUGGAACGAUUUUUUUUUUCCAUCCUGGCCCAAAAAGAGGAGGGAUCGGCGAGGGGGGAGGAUGACAACGGUUGCCCCGCUUCGGAGCUGAAGCCAACCCUGGUUUUGGGGUGGGGGUCAAAAUAUCCACGAGAAGGCUGCUUUUGGAGACGGGAAGACCACCAAGAGUUUUUUUGUUUGAAUCGUCCACCCUAGGAAAAUGAAACUUCUGCAUGCCGGAGAUUUGUUCGACCCUCGCCUCGAUGCGUUGGCCAACAUCAGUCUGGGCCAAAGGAAAGAUCCAGGGACCCUGGAUCCUUGCCAUCCCUCCAGCCAAUAGAUGCUGGAGGCAAGGAGCCCCUUCCCCCUCGCCAGUUCCUUUGCCUGUAGUAUUCGCCCCUCGGCUUGUUUUUUCCUUCUCUGCUUUGCCUGCCCAGGAAGUCGCUAUUUCCCACGCAGCGAUUGGGAACGUGAGAACGCCUCCCAGCCUUUCCCUCCUUGCUCCAAAUGAUUGACCCCGGGAUUCUUGGGACCACCUCGGCCAUCGGUCCCUCUGAAAAGACCGGCAAACUCCAGGGAGGGUCCCUCUGCUUCCUUUUCGCCCGUCCGACCUCUUCAGCACUUACAAAUCCACGGGAGGCGGCAGGAAGCUUGUCUGGAUGCGCAGAAGAGACUGAGACCUGGAUUUUACCCCCCCCCCCAGCGCUCGGGACGAGUUGGAAAAGCAGGCACCUCCCGGCAUCUAAACCCAGACAGCCCGACGUGCCGCUACGGGCCUCCCCUUCCCCAAAUUUGUGCAAUUCUCUACCAAGCCAGCUUGGCCACGCGGCACUCGGCGAUGGUUUUAUUUUGUUUUAUUUUUCCCUUGCUCUUUCGAAUGUGGCAUUUUAAGUCCCCCCCCCCGUUUCCCCCAGCUCGCCCUAGGCACCCCCUCCUUAAUCCUCUUUCCCUGGGCUUUCUCUGUUGUGGCUCAAACUGGGGGUCACCAAAGACCCGCCUUAAUUUAGUGGGUCACGUAGGUUAAGAUUUUGAGUUUCAGUUUGGGUUGGAUAUUGUGCUGAUUUUCUUCCCUCCCCUCCUUUUUUCCUCCUAUCCUCUGUCUAUUCCUUCCUUCCUGUCUACUUUUAUUCCUUCCCUCCUCCCUUCCCUUUCUUUCCUUCCUUCCUUCCUUCCUUUAUUUCUUCCCUCUUUCUCUAUUCCUUCCUCUCUUUUAAUCUUUUUUUUCUUUUCGGUGAUGUAGGAAACGUGCAAUAAUUUUUGCUCAAGUAUCAAAAAAAAAUAAUAAUAAUUCGAAAAAGCGCCUGUUUGAAUUUACGCCAAGAAAUUAGCCAAAAUAGAUGGGAAUGUUGCUAUACGGAAGACUUGAUUUUUUUCUGGCAGGGUCUGAAAUUGACGUGCUCACCCAUCUCUCUUCCUUUUGAGCACUCUUCAUAAAUUUGAAUUCCCCCCCCGCCCGUAAACCUAAGCUCUUUCCUAUUCCCUCCCCUCCUCUUGAUUUUUCUCUUAUCUUUUAUCUCUUUCUGUCUAUUUUUGGGGAUGUAAUAUAGAAAAAUACCUUUUUUUUAAUUUCAAAAGAAAAAGGUUCAGAGAUUAAUAUGCUGGCUUUCAUUUCUUUGUUUUUUGGGGGGGGGGUGUUACUGUUUAGUUGUAGCUGCUUUGUGAAUUAUGCCGAGCUUCUGUUUUGUUUCCUUGUUUAUAUUUUAUUUUAUUUUGUAUGUUAACGGUUCCGUCGGGAAAACGGGGAGGGGCAAAAGCCAUCCCGCCCCCUUAAUUUUCCUCCCCCUGUCCUUCGCGCCCUUCCCUCCACGAAAAUGUCCUCUUUGCUUAACAGUAACCUUGCUGCCGAAAAAGCAAAAAAAAAAAAAAAAAAAAAAA